AUACUGGGUGCAGGAAGAAAUAUGCUGGUGCAGGAAGAAAAUCCCUCUGUUUCAUCCUAACAACACCGUUCCCUCCUAUCUUCACUCCCUGACCAUCACCGCAACCCACACCAUAUCCCCUUCGCCUGCGUCAUUUCCGCCUCUGUGGCAUCUUCAUAUUUCAAAACUUUUGCGAAAUUUCUCUCUUCUUCAUCUUGCUCUUACAUUCUGGGUAAUGUUUGAAACUUGGGGGUAGCUAAGCUGUUUGACAAAAAUGAAUAUUGCACAAGUUACAGCAUGGCAGCCUGGGAUUUGUGUGAAAAAUAUAUCUCAGUUACACAGGCUUCAAUCAAAACCAUGUGUUUUACCAAAUAGUUUUGGUCCUUGCUUACAAAGCUUAAGAGCAACACAAUCGGUUAGCUCAAAAUGUUGGCCCAGUUUACAAUCUCGGAAACCUCUUCAUAUUUGCUUAGCCCGUGGAAAAGGGAUGAUGGGAAAUGAUGACGAGAAUUCCCCAUGGAAAUUUAUUGAGAAAGCUAUAGGAAAAUUUAAGGGAGAAUCAUCACUAGAGGAUGUAUUACGGAGCCAAAUUGAAAAGGGUGAAUAUUAUGACAGUGGUGGUGGUGGUGGAGUGAAACCACCAGGAGGCGGCAACACUGGUGGUGGUGGUGGUGGCCCUGAUGGCUCUGGUGAAUCAGAAGAAGAAAGCCUAGCUGGGAUGUGGGAAGAAAAUAUCCAAAUGAUUUUAGCCACCCUUGGCUUUAUAUUUCUGUACAUUUAUAUUCUCACCGGGGAGGAACUCACAAAGCUAGCUAGAGACUAUAUCAAGUAUCUAUUCGGCGGAAGUCAGAGUGUUCGACUGAAGAAUGCCAUGCAUCAAUGGGGACAACUCUAUGAAAGCAUGACGGCACAGCAAGAAGAGGAAGAUGAGUAUUGGUUGGAGAAGGCCAUUCUGGAUACUCCAACUUGGUGGCACGACCCUGCCGAUUACCGUGAAGCCCUUAAAAAUUACUUGCUAUCAGGUACAGAUGAGGCCAUUGCCGCUAGGAAUUACUUGGAAUUAGAUUCAGAUGCAGACGUUAGGUAUUGCUUGGAAUCAGAUGACGAAGAAGAUGAAGAAGAUGAAUAUCAAUAUAAAGAUGAUUAUGAAGAAAAGUUUGCCUAGACUACGGAGCAGCCUCUAUUGCCCUUCAUCUAUUUUCCCCUCAAGUUUGAUGAAGCUAUGUAUACGUUGUAUCUUCCUGGUUGUAGUGUAUUGCCCUUUCUUGCAUUUGUUUUUCCCCACAAUACUAAUGGUUUGAACAGCAAUUAGACUUCUAUAUGAACUGAAGUUGUUUCUCUAUAAGUAUUUGGAGUCCAUUUAUUAUCAUUCAUUGUGCUAAUUUUUUCUCAAUAGAACCAUCACUUGUUUA